AUGGGAAAAGUUUCUAGGCGAUUAGGGUUUUUGGGUUUGAUGCUUGUGGUGCUCAUUAUUGGAGUUGCGGAAUGUAGGAGACUUGAGAAAGAGACUUUGGGAGGAGGUGGUUUUGGAGGAGGUGCUGGAGGAGGAUUCGGUGGUGGAAAAGGCGGUGGUGGGGGUGCUGGCGGAGGAGCUGGUGGAGGGUUUGGUGGUGGUCACGGUGGAGGAUUUGGCGGUGGUGCUGGAGGAGGUCACGGUGCGGGUGCUGGAGGAGGAUUAGGUGGUGGUGCUGGUGGAGGUCAUGGUGGCGGUGCUGGAGGAGGAUUUGGCGGUGGUGCCGGAGGUGGCCACGGCAGUGGUGCUGGAGGAGGAUUAGGCGGAGGUGGUGGUCAUGGCGGUGGUGCAGGAGGAGGAUUUGGCGGUGGUGCUGGAGGAGGACACGGUGGUGGUGCUGGAGGAGGAUUUGGCGGUGGUGCUGGAGGAGGCCACGGUGGCGGUGCAGGAGGAGGAUUUGGUGGUGGGGCUGGUGGAGGUCACGGUGGCGGUGCUGGAGGAGGCUUUGGUGGUGGUGCAGGCGGAGGUCACGGUGGAGGUGUUGGUGCAGGAGGAGGAUUUGGUGGUGGGGCUGGUGGAGGUCACGGUGGCGGUGCUGGAGGAGCCUUUGGUGGUGGUGCAGGCGGAGGUCACGGUGGAGGAUUUGGUGGUGGAGCUGGAGGAGGGCACGGUGGUGGAGCUGGAGGGGGCUUUGGUGGUGGUGCAGGAGGUGGAGGCGGCCAUGGUGGUGGAGCUGGUGGAGGUUUUGGUGGCGGUGCAGGUGGAGGAGGAGGCCAUGGCGGAGGGUUUGGUGGUGGUGCUGGAGGAGGUCAUGGUCGUUGA